AUGAAUCUUUUAGGAGAAAUAGUGGAGCACGAUUUAAGUGAUGAGGUGGCAAGAACUCCGGAUGUCGAAAGGAAUUUCAAAAUCGAUGUUGAGUCGCAAAAGCCCAGCAGAUGGAGGCAAAGAUUAGCAAAGAAAGGACUUUCAUCUACUUCGAAUUCAUUGAAGGCAGACGGAAAGGAAAGAGAGCCUCGGAAUAAUGAAGAAAAAGAGCAAAUAGCCAGACAAAACUUGAAUUAUGUGACUGGUAUGAGCGAACAGGAGCGGCAGCAAGCCAAGGAGGAAUUACUGGGAGCUGCCAGUGCGGGAACGUUGAGGUUGUUGAUGAAGAGACAACAAAGGAAUAAGAAGCAAGAACAAGAGGCACAUGGAGAACAAGAAGUACAGGAAGAACAUGAGUCUGAUUCUUCUCAUGCCUCAGCAGAAAAGCACCUUCAUUCAGUUGUAUCUAGAGUGACAGACAUGGCGCCCACAAUCGAGGGUGAUGGAACUUGGAUAGGUGGCUAUACUGAUGGUCGAAUUACGACCGAGGAUGCUACGCCUGCCAUGCCAGCCGCUGUACAAGAUGCUGUAUCAGCCAUAUCAGAGACUGGUGAUGACUCCAGGCACGUUCAUUUCAAUAACGAAGCUACCAUCAGAUACCCGGAUUCUUCAUCCAAAGAUGACUGGGAAGAUAUAGAGUAUCUCGAUGACGAAGGACCGUCGUAUGACGACGCUGUUCGUCUUACUCAUGUGCCCCCUAAGAAAGCUAUUGAACAUGCCAGGUUCCACAAGAGAGAGGACAUAUACAAAUCGAUCGAUCUAAAUGAUCCAAAUUUCAACCAGAAACUACAUGACAAGUUCUUCCCGGAUCUUCCAAGUAACUUUUCUCAACUACAAUGGAUGUCCAACAAACAUGUUCCGAAGACUCCUACGGAUAUAAGCUACGACUCCCUUGACGAUCUACGAUUCGAUUUCGACGGCGAAAUCAUCACCUCUGCUAAUAUUAAACAACAUUCUCAGACUACUAGCGAUGGUCUACAUAAUCAUUCUGCACAUCCAGAGUUACCUGGUUAUACGUUGCCGGAAUUAAGCCAAUAUUUGAGGUCAACUUACCCUGGGCAACGCUGUAUAGCCAGUCGAACCCUUGGUCGAAUCAUGCACAAGUUGGGUACGUUACGAUAUAGCGUGACAGAGGUAACCAACAAAAGCGAGGGAGGCCCUGAGAAGGAAACUAACAAAAACAAAGGCGAGUCAGGACUUUUCGAGAAGAAGUGCUGGGAAUUAGUCUUGCAAUUAGGCAUAUUGGAUAUUCUCAACAGCAGUGCUGCAGACACAGAGAAAAACAUUACCGUCAAGAAUUAUGCCAUAGAGGCCCUCUGGUUGUGGACACAGGGAGGUGGUGAAGACAUCUGCAAAAAAGUAGCUGAAGGUAUGGAAAGAGAACGGAAAACUUACCAAGUCUGA